AUGGCUGCCAGACCUGGCGUAUUCAACGAGUGCGUUGUCGCGUUCGUUCCUAGCAACGAGCUUGCUCCAAAGUUAAUUGGCGACUUAUCCCGCAUUGUAGAAGACAACGGCGGCACGAUUUGCGAACCCCGCCGCAACGGCUCAAUUCCCAUCGAAAAAGCCACACAUAUCGUUUCCAACACCAUAAACUUUGAGCAGUAUGUCGAGUCACAAGCUAUUAUGAUUCCCGUCGUAUCAGAGCACUGGAUCUCGACUUCGGUCAUGAGAAGGAAAGUCGCACAAGUCAGGCCGUUCUCUCCGGAUCCGCGAAUGAUCUUUGCCGAAAUUGUUGUCACUUGUGCGGAUUUGCCGCUGAUGGAUAAGGAGAGCAUCAUCGGGGCCACAAUGGCACUGGGAGGACAGGAAUCCAAGGAUGUGACCAGGUUGACAACACACAUUUGUGCGCUAAGCAUGGAUGCGCCAAAAGUCAAGGUGGCGCUUGAAAAAGGAUUCAAGGGCAAAAUUGUUCUGCCACAUUGGUGA